UCUCACUCGACUAGUAUCAGUUCGAGCACUGGCUGCAUUGAGCAAACCACUACAGAGCUGCCCUUGACCAUGUAACAGCGCACUGCAGUUUACAGGAUAUUAAUGAACGCUGCGGCAGCAUUUCUACAGGUGAAAAGAUUAACAAUGCACUGACCACAAGACCAGCCACAGUCACUGAGAGACCAGGCGGAUGAUCUUUCAUCGGAAGCAGUCCUUCACUCUGACAGAGGAUUCAAGCUGCAUUCAUGAAGUAUUGUUCUGAUUGGUCUGCAGCCAGUUUGAUUGGCUGAGUGUUUGUUUGAGCUCUGUGAGCAGUUCUUUAAAUGGUCAUGGCAAAGAGGGCUGAGUCCCUUAAUCUGUCCUUCCUCCUGGAGCACGAAAGGCAGAUGAUCCUCAGUGUCCUCCAGAAAGACGAGAAGCUCCGGAAACGAGAGGAGAAACGCAUCAGGAAAUUGAAAAAUGAACUUGUGGAGCUGAAGCGAGCCGGGCGGCGUAGUUCGGUGGAUCAGCGUGAGUGUGCUGUAUGUCUGCGAGCUCUGGGUCUCAUCCUUCAGAGGGGGAAUGUGUGUACCAAAUGUCAUCGGCGCGUCUGCAAUUUCUGCACUGCUACGCCUCCGGGUAGCAACCAAUGCAAAUGCACCGUGUGUGCAAAGACUGCGGAGCUGAAGGUAGUUACAGGGGAAUGGUUUUUGGAAGAGAGAUCCAAAAGGUUUCAACAUGCCAGUGUACCCAGCAGUGAUGUAGUCAAACAAACUAUCCUCAGCAGUCCUCUAGAUGGAGGAUCCACCCACAGACCACCUCCUCCCUUAGAGCUGGAGAGAUCAGCCAUACCCAAGUCUGAGAAAUCCACCUCACCCCAAUUCCAGAAAAGCACAGGGAAAAACAGAAAAGGCAAAAGAGCAGUCACAGUGGAAGCAUCAGGGUUACCAACAGUACCCAAUAACACGAGAGCACAAAUGGCACCGACCCAAAUGGAGGCAAGAAACAGGCCGGAUGGGGCAGAGAGUGUGUCUAGUAUACAAAGUAGGGACAGCGUUUCUGAGAAGGUGGCUGAUGGGCGGAGACAAACAGACUCUAGCACACCCUCCAUUGCUGUAUCCAGAUCCUCCCUCUCAUCAGACCGCAGUCGCUCAGAGGUUGACCUCAGUAAUGCUGGAGAGGGGUUCAGUGAAGACCCUUUGAUUAGCCGGUGCCACUCAGUUCCAAGACUGAAUGAUGGGGACUCGGAUGAGGACAUUGAUGCUUUGUUAUCAGCACACUACAAAACCAACCGGAGCGUCUGCAGUACGCAGUCUAUGUCUUCCACACCUGCCUUGGAGAAAAAGUGGGGCUUCCUUAAUGUCCCUGACUCAGAUGCUGAUACUACCAGCAUCAACAGUAUGAUGAGCGUGUACAGUGAGACGGGGGACUAUGGCAACGUGCGGGUUUCCGGGGAGAUCCUGCUCAAUAUCACCUACAGCUAUAAAACAGGAGCACUCAACGUGCUCGUCCGUGAGUGCCGCUGCCUAGCAACCGGGGAUGAGAGGAGACAGCGCACAGAUCCCUAUGUUAAAACGUAUCUCCUGCCAGACAAGUCCCGUCAAAGCAAGAGGAAAACCAGCAUCAAAAACAACACCACUAACCCAGUGUUCAAUGAAAACCUGAGGUACGUGGUCAGUCACUCUCAGCUGGAGAUGCGCACACUGCAGGUGUCUGUGUGGCAUCAUGAUCGCUUUGGACACAACAACUUCCUGGGGGAGACAGAGCUGACCUUUGACUCCUGGGAGUUUGACACUCAGAUAGAUGAGUGGUUCGCCCUGCAGCCCAGGAAUGAAUCUUAUGUAGAUUCAGUGAUGCAUUAUAAAGGGGAACUGACGGUGGUUUUGAAGUACAUUCCUGCAGAGAGAAAUGUCUCCCUUCCUCUGGACCAAGUGCAAGUGAAAAAGGGAUUUCUGAAAGGAAAGAAGACCAUCACUCUUCCUAAAGGAGGAAUGGUGGAGCUGCUGGUGAAAGAGGCCAAAAACCUGACAGCUGUAAAAGGAGGGUCCUCUGAUCCUUUUGUCAAAGGAUACCUGCUGCCUGAUGACAAGAAAAGCACGAAGCACAAGACAGCCGUGGUAAAGCGCACAGUGAACCCUCGCUGGAAUCACACCUUCACAUACUGCGGCCUGCAGCACAGCGAUCUGGACAGCGUGUGUCUGGAACUGACCGUGUGGGACAGAGAACCAUUCGCCAGCAACGUCUUCUUGGGUGGGGUGCGACUCGGCGCAGGGACAGGUCUGAGUUAUGGGAAGGAAGUGGAUUGGAAUGAUUCCUACGGGGAGGAGCAGCGGUUAUGGCAACGCAUGAUUGACAACCCCGAAGUUCCGCAAGAGUGUACACUAAUGCUGCGAUCCAGCAUGGCUAGAAGAAAGACAUAGAGAAAAAGAGACAAAAAAAAACAAAACAAAAAACGAACAGAGUAAAAAGGAAGAAGAGAGUGUUUCCCUGGCAAUACACAUCAAAUCUGAUUACCUUAAGCCACUUGCAAGUGCUCUUAAUGUGCUUUGGCGUUACCCAUAUUACGCAUUUUCAUUCUAACAUGCAUAUGCACGCUAAAUUAUCCAAACACAUCUGUUACAUAGAAAUGUACACUGAUAUAUGCCUCUAAAACACUCGACUCCAACCCAGGUGUGACAGGCAACUGUGUGUUAUACAUGUAAACCAGACACUCACAGACAUACAAACAUUGCCAUAACUGUGAAUUGCACAUGAGGACUAAAAAGAGAACAUUGAAAAUUAUCAACAAUCCAAGGUCACAUUUUGUUAUAAACGAACAAAGCACAAAGCACUUCCUCUGCAAAGAAAAAAAGAAAAGAAUAAUUUGCACAAAUCAAGCUUUUCAGUUUGUUGUCCUAUAACCUGGAAGAGAAUUAGCAUUUUUGAACCGUGGGUUCCCUCAAGAAUUUCCAAUGGGUUUUUAAGAGUAGUUUUUGUUAAUAACAAUAACUUGUUGUCAGUGUUUUAAAAGCACUCGACACUUUCCAAAUUCAUGUUUGAGGUAUGACCAUGUGUUAUGCCAAAAAAAUUAAUUAAAAAAAAUGAUAUAAACCUGAAAUAAUAUUGAAGGUGCACUCAGUCAUUUUUCCCCAUUAAAAAAGUUUUACUCCUAAAGAAAUGAAUUGUAAUUUUGAAACAUAUGUAUAAAAUCAUGACCGCUCACAUGAAAUGAGGACCAGGACCAGUAACCUUAUAAAAGCUCUUUUAUCGCACAUGGGGCAGGAGCACCCGCAUGGGGGCUGCCAUUUUAGUAUCACAUGACCAGCUGAAUACUACUCACUUAAUCUCAGUAACCACACUUUCACUCGUGAAUUAAAUGAAUCAUGGCUGAUUGUAUAUAGUGAAUUUCUAAAAUGGCACUGUAACUGAAAACUAUUGAUUGUGAAUGAUGCUGCAUCCACACCACUAGGUGUCACUGUAAGUCAAAGGUGACAAACAAAAAGUUACUGAGUGCACCUUUAACCACAUACCUUAUUUUCCUUAUAUUGAAAACUGUUAUUCUAAAAACCCUUUAGAAAUACCUGAGUGAACCCAUGCUGAAUUGUCCUUCUGGGUUAGCCUACAAAUUUGUGUCAUGACUGAACAGCUCUAUAGCAUUUGCACACAACCCUAGCACAUGACGAGACAGCACAUACUGGCUUUCUAUAAGCACAUGUAUACAGACAUGCACAGUGUAAAGAUAUCCUGGUGUGUUAUAGAUAACCUGAAUUUCUUAGCUUGUCUUACUAAACAAUCUAAAAAAGAUGUGACAUUUAACAUUUAAAGGGACACUGUGGUUCAUUAUCAUGAAGUAGAUUUGCAUUCCCCCCAGAAAAUCCCAGUGUUUGCAAGUGAGCAAAAAAAUAGCGUUUUUGUUAAAAAUGUAGAGAGAUUGACACUUUCUCUUAACUUCACUUUCCAUUAACAAAAUAUGUUACCUGGAUGUUUAAUAAAGACCAAUCACUAUUCAGCAUGCAAAUAUUACAAAGACAACAGUGCUGGCAGUUAGAUUCUAUUGACAAAAAUUCUAACAAUGGUACUGGGAGAUUGUCAAGGUUAAU